AUGUCUUACAACAACGAGUACAACAGCAACAGCAACGACGAGUACAGCAGUACUGGUCGCCAAGGUGGCCUCAAUGAUAGAACUACUGGCUCAGGAGCCUACGGCAACCAAGACUCGAGCUACGGCAGCGACAACUUGAACUCUGGCAGCGGUCUGGGCCGUGAUCAGUACAACCAGUCCUCCAACUAUGGCUCUAGCGGCCGAUCCGACGACAUUGCCGACCGCGGUACCCUUGGCAGAGACGAGUACUCUGGUGGUUCUGGACUUGGAAGAGAUGAGUACUCAUCAACCUCCGGCCGUGACACCUAUGGUUCCAACACUGGUUCCACUGGAGAGCGCCUGAAGGAGGGUGCAAGAGACACCUUUUCAUCUGGAGACAACUACGGCUCGAACACAACUGGUAGCUCAAACUACGGUUCAUCAAGAGGUGACAACUACGAAUCUGCUGGUCUUACUGGAUCCAGCGGUCUUCAUCACCACACCACCGCCGGUGACCGCAUCGGCGAUGAUGACUUGAAGCCCAGCCACGGCCUCGAGAGAGAUACACACCACUCCACUGGUGGCAACUACGCUUCCCAGGAUACCGACUACGGUUCAGGUACUACCGGCGGUGCAGGUUUCGGCAACAAGUCAACCUCCGGCCGUGACACCUUCGACGACUCAAGCAACACCCGCUUCGGCUCAUCCACUGGUACUGAUGCUUACUCGGGUAGCAACGAGUACGGCAGUGGCGUGACUGGAGGUGCUGGAUACGGCAACAAGUCUUCUGGCCGUGACGAGUUCAACGACUCGAGCGAUACUCGCUUCGGCUCUUCCACUGAGACUGGAGCUUACUCCGGAAGCAACGAGUACGGUAGCGGCUCGACCAGCGGUCCUGGUUACGGCAACAAAUCUGCUGCCCACUCCGCUCAUGACAACAACGAGAAGUCCGACAAGAAGAACGACUCGACAGCCGGGAAACUAAUGGAGCGCCUUGGCGGUAUGAUGAAGAACGAGAAGAUGGUCGAGAAGGGCGAAGCCAAGCGUGAGGCUGCUGGCGCCAACGCAUCGAGAAAGAUUAUGCUUGAUAUCAAGCAAGAAAGCGAGUCCGAGGAUGAGGAGGAUGCCGGAUUGAACCUUAUUACCAGGCUGAAGAAUAUGGGCAUUGGAGAAGACGACGACGACGACUUGAAACUGCAGAUCUUGACGCACGAUACCCUUCCUUCAGAGCUCUUCUACCAGGGUGAAAGCCCCGAUCUAUAUAAGAGCGACGCAUCUGCCGUUACCGACGAAUACCGAGGCCAGGACCUACCUCUGAUGGCUGGAGAGAAGAAAGACCAGAAGAUACUGCUAAGGAGUAAUGCCGUGGCCACGACAUGGUUCAGGCCACCGAACAAGGACGCUACCAUGCAUUCUUUCGGUCAAAUCUGGAACAACGGACAGCGCAACUACGUUAGAAUGCUGCUUCAUCCCAAUUCGCAGUUCCCAAGCGUCGAGAUCUUCGUUUCCAGAGAAGGCAGGCACGACGCAUCAGUCUCGAUCUUCGCAAACAGCAUCAUGCGCCAUGCCAGUUCAAGCUCAAUAGGCUUUGCUCUCUCCAGUGCACAUCACAACCCCGGCAAGUUGAGCAUCGAAGAAGACACUGCACGACCCGAGUAUGAGACUGAGCUUGGAACGUUGAAGCAGAGUGGAUUUCUUGUUCAAGUUCAGCUGGACCUACUCCACGAUUCACACCAUGCAGUUCCAGCAGCCGGUCCGCUGUUGGCAGAGCCGAUAUGGCGCAACAUCAAACAGGAGGAGGUAGACUCUUUGACCACGAAACUCAGACUGCGCAUCGACGGACAUCCCAACCCACCACCCAUGACCGACGCUGAACUCUUGAUCGCAUCUUUCCAAAUCAACAACAAGUUCGUGUUCAGUCGCAGAUUGGGCGGUACUCCUGAAGACUGCAAGAGGCUGUUCGACUUUAUGGAAGCAUCCAUGUUCAUGUGUUGUAAAUACAACAACCUUUGGUUCUAUGAACUGCAGGUGUCCGGGAGAUUGGCGGAUGCCAGCAUGAAGAACAUAAUCUUCAAGUCUCCUCGUUGGAUGUGGACAAGACUUGUGGGCGAGACCGAUGCCUCUGGUAAUGUCAUCAAGGCCACCGCGAUUGACUGGACUGAGUUUGCCAUUCCGACAAUAACACCCGAUGUUGAGACGGCUUCAAACAUCACUCGACUGAACAUCAGCCGCGAAACUAACGCCAUGGCCGACAGACAGCAGCAGUGUUUCGAUGAACAUGCCUUUGCAAUAGUUGGGUACUUCAACCGAGAUCCUCUGAGUCCUGGAUACUACCGGGUGGAUAUCGAUUGUCCGAUGCAGGGCACGACAGGGAACAAAGACACUCUUGUUCCUGAGCCAAGGACCCACGUUGCUCUCAGAACCCGCGAUGGCUCUGUGUUCAGAGGCAUCUUCGGCCCACAAUUUUGGGACAAGAGCAAGAACAUCUGCCUGUACGUUGACCUUGAAUCAUCUGUUGUUGACGAAGACUUCAAAAAGCCCAAGUUAGUCAGCAUCGACAUGAACAGGGACACAAGCCAGGCCGAGCGUCAGCACAGCGCUGCUGCACAAGUUAGAUGUGGCCCAUCGCGCGCUGAAGGAGACGACCAAUAUCCUGACAUCGCUCACUUUUACAUGUCUGCGCCGCAAACCAUUUUCAAUAACAACAGGUGGGUCAACACCAUGUCCAAGGCGCAGGAAGAUGAAUUUGUGAGUGAAGGAGCCGAGGAAAGUGACGAGGAGCAACAAUCUCUCAAGAAAUCGUUUGUUGAGUCCACCACCGGCAUCAGCACCCUGAUUGGCCCUCCUGGCACUGGUAAGACGCACAUUGUUUCCAACUUGCUGAAGGACUAUUUGGAAACGAACCGCAUCCACCGUCCCUAUGAGCGAUGCCCUAUCGUUGUGAUGGCACCCACAAAUGCCGCAGUCGACAACAUCUUGCAGAAGAUGAAAGACUUGACUAAAGAUUCGCCCAAGCCUUACAACUUUGUUAGAUUCAGGGGAGCAAGUAUCACACCGGAGGUUACCGCAGCUCCAUUGCAAAAUGGCGAGGCUGUAACCAAUAAAUUGGAGACUGCUCUCUGGGAAUUGGUAGAAGGCCAAAAGACUAUGAUUGCUGCCAACGAUCCACUUGGUGAUCUGGAGUACCACAAAACGUUCAGUAACAUGGUCGUCAAGCUACUUGCGUCGGAGGACGACCCGAUGCAUGCCACCGCCAUCAAGUUUGCGUUAGCAAAGCGACAGACCAAGGCUCCUGGUAUUUCCAAGAACGAGAGACGACUGGCCUACGAGCAGCUUGACAACGCAAAGGCGGAACUCUUACACCACUUCUGGAGCGACGUCGACGGCGUUUUCGUUACUCUCAUUGACGCGGCACAUCCAGACCUCCGUACCCACUUCAAACCCAGACUGGCCGCUAUUGACGAGGCUGCCUUGGCUCCGCUUCCAGACAUGUUGACGGGACUUGUCGCAUUCUGGGACAGCCUCUGGCAUAUACUUCAGUCAGGAGACCCCGCACAGCAGCGUGGCAGACCUCUUGCUGAAGGCCACAACGAGUUCGCUCGAUUCACGCGAGAUUCUAUCAUGGAGCGUAUCAAGACAAACCGACUCCAUGGACUCGACUUCGUGCAGUUAGUCUUGCAGUACCGCAUGCAUCCAGAGAUCAGCAAACUCAUCAGCGAAGGCUGGUAUAACGGCACUCUGAAGAACCAUUGCUCAACCGAGGACAUGACCCCUGACGCGGUGACUGCCAUGAGCUUCUGCUCUUCUCGUUUUGGCGCUGCAUACGAUGGCUGGCGCGUGAUCGCGAUUGACAUGAGCGGAGACAACGCCAGGUCAAAGAAUUAUAACGGCGGCAGCUCCCUUUUCAACCCCAAGGAAGCAGACACUCUCGUCGAGUUGGUCAGGGGCAUGUUGGAGACGGAUGCUCCUGCCCAGGGACGAAGGCUGGAACCGAAGGACUUCCUCAUCACAUGCUGGUACGCAGGAAUGGAGACAUAUCUUCACCUCGUUCUCAAACGCGCAGGACUCUUGGGCAAUGUUGACAACAAGCUGAACGUACGAACUGUUUCCGGCUGUCAAAGUGAAGAGGCCGAGAUCCAAAUCAUCGCUUUCUGUGUAAACAGACCUGAGAAGCCCAUGUCCACAAGAUUCAUCAGCAAGAAGCACAGUAUGAAUGUGGCCUUGUCAAGAGCCAAGCACAUGCAGAUCCUAGUCGGUAACUUCACCGAAUGGAUGCAGGCUCGCGUUGAUGGUCACAAUUCCUGGAAGCGCAAUGGCGCCAACCAGUACCUAGGGAUGCUGCUUGACAGUCUUUGCACCAAGUCUUCCGCCACGCCUUACAAGGUCAUCGCGCGAGAGGACUUCGAGGCUGGCCUGAAGGGCACCGCCAUCAAACAGUCUACUUUCAAAGACAAGAUCAGAGUCAAGCCAAGCAGAAAGUUCACCCAAGCUUUUGAAAGUACAGAUGAGAGAUGGGUCGAAAAGACAACAUUGGCUAAGAGACCCAAGAUUGAGGAAUCAGGAUCCGUGGGAGAACAGCAGGUUGAGAAUAAAGAGGCCAGUGUCCAAACCCUCGGCGAGAAAACUAAGCGCGGUACACGCGGAGGAAAGAAGAAUAAGCGCGGGAGUAAUUAUGGUAAAGGUGGUGGUCGAAGUGGAAGAGCAUGA